AUGCCACACUCAGUGCAUCCUACUCCGCGGGCUGGAACUCCCGACGCGGAGGGCCUUUCCACCCGAUACUGGAACAGAAAUAUACCCAAACAACAAUGGACGGAAGAGUGUCCCGAGUAUCUGGUCGGCAUUGGCGACAAAAACAUGAGAAUCAUUUCAAGUCGAGAAGAAGAUUGUCACAAAUUGUCGUGGCCAGAAGUUCGAGAACUAGUCAAGACAGGCAGGAUUGAUCAAUUUCAACGAUCUCCGAGUCAACUACGAGCAUAUCUCAAAUGGGUCUAUCACCUGAAGCAACAAUACGGAUCAGUGUCAGCGUACAUCCAACAUGAACUCCUUCGAUGGGACGAUAUCACUCCUUCAGGAGAUCCUCCGUUCCAGAAUCCGGAGGACUACAAAAUCCUGUAUAAUGAUUGGCCGUACUACAUCGACGAAGACAUCAAACAUCUCGUGGUAUGGACCAAGUUUGUGAUCGACGAGGACGAGUCUACGGGUCAAGUUUCCGAAAAAGCUAGAGUCGACAUUGAGACCUUCAUUGCAAGGACAUUCAUUCUGGAUGCCGGACAGGGUUCUGAAGAAGGGACUUCUCGGAAACCAGGCAUGCCUAGAGAUCAUAUCGUGUGGUUUAAGAAUUGGAAGAGUUUGAAGAGCGUCCACGCGCUAGAGCACUUUCACGUCAUGUUGUAUAAGCCGCCGGCCGACUUGCUGGUAAGGGUCACUGGGGAAGAUCGAUCUAGCUGA